AUGUCCGCACAACCCGCCGUUUCAGCACUCAGCGCCUACCGCCAAAUCCUCCGCGCCACCCGCAUCGCAUUCCACAAUGAUACACGAGUCCUCCUUGCAGCCCGUCAAGAAGCGCGCCAGAAUUUCGAGAAGCACCGCCGAUUCGGCAUAGACACACCCAUGCAGAUCAACCACGCUAUCGAAGUUGCGAGCAUUCUGCGCCACAACAUCGUGCAGGGUGCUAGAGAUGCGAAGGAUGAGAAUGCGCAGUGGGGUAUGUAUUGCUCCGUUAAUUGGGAUUGGAUACAUUAUGGCUAUGUGGAUUUGAGGCUCACGAUUUCUCGUGCUUUAGAACUGCGCAUACACGACGACAUUGAGCGUGGCGAUAACGACUCGGUCAAGAUUGCCGGGAAGAAGGUCAAGGUUGACAAGCCGUGCUCGUCAUAG